GUCCCAGCCCCAGCCCCGCCGCAGGCCGCGCUGCGCCCCGGGUCUGCCAUGCUCGCCCUUCCCCUCCUCGUCCUCCUGGCCUCCGCCAGGGGAGGCCCAGCGGCCGGCCUGGCCCUCACAGCCCGCACGCUCUUCCCGUGCUACUCUGCUGACCUCAAGCCGGCGUCCGAGGUCCUCGUCUCAGCCAGCGGCUGCACCGUGCUCUUCAGCGUCGAGCCGCCGGCAGCCGGCACAACGGCGUCCUGGGAGUACGAAUCCGGCCCGCGCAAGGCGGUCAUCGCCACGUACGUUCCCAACAAGUCGGCCGAGAUCUCCGGCAUCUACGAGGGCCGCGUGAGCUUCAACGAGAUGGACUUCUCGCUGCAGAUGGUGCUGCGGUGGUGGGACGGGGGGCUCUACCGCUUCCGCUCCGAGUCGGAGGCCACGGGCUGGUUCGAGCUGCGCGUGGUCGAGCCGCUCUCCGAGCCAGAAAUCCUGGGCAACUCAUUGGUGGAGGUGGGAGGCGACACCAAGCUUUUCUGCAACGUGCUGGAGGGGCAGGUGGACUUGUACUGGUGGAAGAGGAACGGGGAGCUGCUGAUGGAGAGCAACGGCCUCCACUUCGUCCACAACAACACGCUGGAGAUCCACCGAGCCUUGAUGAACGACACCGGCUACUACACGUGCAUAGUCAGCAACGCGGUCAGCCAGAACGAAACCUCCUUCCUGCUGCGCGUCCACAGUAAGUGGGGCUUCCUUCCUCGUGCACGGGAAUGGAAAGCUGGGAAAUGGCCCCAAAACGUUCACUCUGGCCCCAUUCACUGGGACAAUGACAAGGCGUUUUUCAUCAUCAUCCUGGUAUUCGUUUGCAUCGGCUUGCUGGCAGGGAUCUUCAACUGGUGCAGGUUGAGGAACAUCCCUGAUGAUGACUAUGAGUAA